AUGGCGGCGGUCUCCACCGUUCACUUGCAAGACCAGAUCAAAAUACAAGACCAGAGCGAUGACGAGCAGGAUCCCUACUCCCCAAACACCAGAGACACUAUCACCCCCGACUUCAUCGAAGAGGCGAAGCAGGACAGACCCAUACACACGUCUUCUUUCUCCAUUCACAAUGUGCUGAAGAAAGAAAGGGACAGCAAUAGUCCUGAAAACGUCUUCUCAACAGACAAGCUGCUGCAGAAUACUCCAAAUUAUGAAGAUGUAUCUAGAAACUCGGAAAGUGUUAGUCCAAGAUUGGAAGAUAACGAGAGAGCCGAUAUAAGUAUCGACGAUGCGUCUUGCUGCAGCGAUGAUACUGUACUGUCAGUUGGCAAUGAGGCCCUCCCAUCGAAUUACCUUCACGAUAAAGACCAAAACAACCAAGGUCUAACUUCCUUUAAACAUAUACAGACACAUUUAAACGCGAUUUCGCAGCUGAGUCAAAAUUUAACAAUAAACCAACCGAUUCUUUUACGACCAAACCCGAUAACACCGAAUCCUUUAAUGUUCUUAAACCAACCUUUGCUGUUCCAAAACUCUUUGAUGAACCAAGUGGAUUUGAAAUCUGGGCUAUCAAGAAUUGGCGUGCCCCAAAAUAACUUGAACAUAAACCCGAAUUACAUGAAUUAUACGAGAAAGAAUGAGUUAAAUGAAAGGCGUCAAAGUUAUUCGCCGAAACUACAAGAAAACGAGUCGAGUAGAGAUUUCAUAAACCAAGGCUGUCUGAAAUUUAGUAUAGAUAAUAUACUGAAAGCAGAUUUCGGCAGGCGAAUAACAGAUCCUUUGACGAAGAGGAAAACGUUGAAGGCUAGACAGUAUGAGGUGAAAGCUAACCCUGUGAAAGAGGUUCAGCCUCCCCCUAAAGAGGUAGAGGCUAGAGUGCCUGAAGUUAAGGCUGGUGAUAAAGGGGCUAUAGACUUAUCCAAGGGAGAUGAUAGCUGUAGCAACGCUUCUUCAACACCAGGUACCACCGGCGACGGUCCCAUGGUAUGGCCCGCGUGGGUCUACUGUACGAGGUACAGUGACAGGCCGAGUUCGGGAAGAAGUCCGCGCACAAGAAGGCCUAAGAAACCCCCCGUGGAAGGGAAUCAGUCGGACGAGAAACGGCCAAGAACUGCAUUUUCUGGACCACAGCUUGCUAGAUUAAAGCAUGAGUUCGCCGAAAACCGCUACCUCACAGAGAGAAGACGACAGGCCCUAGCAGCUGAGCUAGGACUGGCUGAGGCCCAAAUCAAGAUCUGGUUCCAGAACAAGCGGGCGAAGAUAAAGAAGGCCUCAGGUCAACGAAAUCCCUUGGCCUUACAGCUGAUGGCCCAAGGCCUUUACAACCAUAGCACUAUACCCUUGACAAAAGAGGAGGAAGAAUUAGAAAUGAAAGCGAGAGAAAGAGAACAGAGUAGGCAAUGAGAUUAUGUUGUAAAGUGGGAGGGUUAUAAAUACGGUGAUA